AUGAUACAGAGGCAUGAAGUGGACUUCGGAUUUAGCAGUUUAGGAUUUCAGCAUAGCCGAUAUACGUACCUAAAAGCGGGUGCACCUAGCUUUAUGUCGCAGAUGAGUUUAUUCACACCGCCAAAACGUCCGUACACGUCGUUUGAAAAACUUUUCCGGCCCUUAAAAAUCGAUGCCUGGCUGUGCAUUGGCUUAGGGUAUGCGAUCUUUGGAGCAUUGACACUGCUGUGGGUGAAAGUGAAAAUCGUUGCAGUAUGUGAAAGAAUUCUCUAUCCGAUGUACACGCUGUGGGUUCUUCUGAUGGGAGGAUCGACAGGAACCCUUCGCUUGAAUAGUUCACGAAUAUUUGUCAUUGGAUUCGUCAUCAACACACUGAUUAUCCGGACACUCUACCAAGCAGCAAUGUUCAAGCAACUGCAGGCUUCGGAUUUGCUUGCACCCGAUUUACACACCCUGAGCGCUAUCAAUGAGGCCGGCUAUCACUAUACGAUGUACCGCACAACGGUGGAAUUUUACUCACAGAAUCCUAUGAUUCCUAGAAACAAGAUAAAACCGAUACAGAAUGAAAACAUAAACAUAGACGAACUCUGUUACCAAUUAUCCCAGAACCGACUCGGCGGAGUUUUGGCUCUUCCCUUCGAUAUUGUUGCCUACUACGUGAAAAAAAAUGGAAAACGUGGUAUUGUAUAUGUAAGCAAAUAUACAGGAUUCGCCUAUAAUACAGCAUUUCACUAUCCAAAAUCAACACCAUUGGUGGAGUCUUUUGACGCCCUAAUAUAUCAACUUCAUGCCGCGGGUUUAACGCAACAUUGGGCAGAACAAUAUCGCGACGACCGCUACUGGAACGCAAAAGAGCAACCGGAACCAUCUAGCUUAAAGUGGAAUCAAAUAUCGGGGGGAUUUUUCCUGUGUGGCGUUUUGCUUCUGUUGGCAACGGUGUGCUUCGCAGCAGAA